AUGAUCACAAAACAAAAGGCUUUUCUUUUGCCAUCAGGCGGAGCAGUGUUCUACAGACCAGCUGGAAAUGUGAUGGAGAUAAGAUCUGGUUACCUGUUCAAGUCUCCUCCUUCGAAACGGUUGAAGACAGAGAAAUCAUGGAAGAAGAGAUAUUUUGUGCUGUUCAAAAUCAGUGAGGAAGAACAUCAACUCAAGUACUUCAGGAACAAAGAGGAAAAGGACAGGCCACUUGGAGGGAUAGACUUAUCACAGAUCUCACUGUUGUAUGUGAGCCCCCAACAACACCAGAAAUGGGGUUGGAUCCAGAAGAGCUUCAAGUGCUCACCAUCCUGUGUGCUCUACAUCAAGGCUGCUGACCGGGACUACUUCCUCGUCGGGGAGAACAGUGAGGAAGUGGACAGCUGGUUCUGUGACGUGUUUGACGCAUUGAAAAACCGGCCUUAUAAGUUCCUCAGUCCAGAGGAAAUAACUAAUGGGCAGCAAGCAGUUGAGGUUAUCUCACAACCCCUGUUAUGGAAAAAGAGUUCUGUUGCCACCACUGACAAGGAAGAGUUGAAAAUGCGGUCCAUGUCUGACCCAUCCUCAAACACUUGGAAUAACAGCACUGAAAAAGUAAAGGGUGAAGAUUAUCCAAAAAGACCUGCAUCAGAGCCUGUGUAUCCAAUCUAUGACUAUCCAAGAUCCUACUUAGGACAAAUACAAGUCGGGAAAAAUGGUGAGACUGGUGACAGGAGCAGUAUGGAGUCAGUAUACGUAACAAUGAUGGAGGUUAAAAAUACUGAACAUCUGGCUCAUGCAACGGACAGUGAAGUUGAAAAGGUUACUACCGGGACCCUGAUGAGGUCUGUCACUCAGGUCUUUGACAAGCUGAAGACACAGAUUUCCCCACUGCCUCCAUUCGAUGAGGAGACAGGCGCUGAAGACAGAGAAGAAACACGUCUGUCAGACUUCAGCAGCAGCUCCAGUGAGAACGGUGCCGUCUCUCCUGUGGAGAUGCUGGACAGACUAAAUGCGAAGACAAUGGAAAAACAAAGCUCUAAUGAGAGCCUUGACCUCAAUAGCCCAGAGGAGAGAGACAUCAUGGUGAAACAGGCAGAUUUGAAAAAACACCUGACACUAACAGAAGUGGAAGGGAAACCAAGUGUGUCUGGAUGGACAGGUCCGCCACAGACAGUGUGUCUGUUCCACAAAGGAGACCAAAUUCUGGCAAUUAACGACUUGCACACCAGCAGCGUGGAGGAGUUUAACAUGUACCUAAGCAAGUCACUCAAGAACGAGGUGAGAGUGACCAUCCUGCGUCUACCUGGAUGCCCGCCUCUGCAUUCACCCAGCUGUCUCUGCAGUGAGUGACUGCAACUUGACCUUUAGAGAUGACACAGCUAUUUCUACUACAUCUGGGUGUGUUCAAAUGACUUUUUGAGGCACUUCCUGCACAGAUGGUGGGUUUUUUUUAACACGUAAUGACUACUUUAGAAAACUGACAGUAUUUUCCCAGGACUGUAGCCAGUUUCUAUUGAUCUGUCACUCUACUAGUUUACUUGAUUUAAGAGUUAAGAAGAGUUAAAAGUGAAGUUAACAGUUAAAAAUGGAUAUUAAACCUACUUAAUAAUGUCUUACAUUAUAUGUAUAAAGAUGAAUUUUACUUGUCAGAUGCUUGCAGCAUUAAUAAUGACUCACAUUUUCAACUAAGCAUGAGUUAUAAUGGGCUUAGUUCAUUGUGUAUUGUUUUUACUGUACAGUAAAUGAUGCUUGUUUUCAAAAGUUUUACCUAGAAGGAAAUAAAGGGAGAUGAUUCAUUGAAACAUAUUUCCUCAUACCACCUGUAUGAUGCCAAAAAAGGCAAUCUCAUCAUCACACAAGCUCUUGGAACCAGCACAGACGUUUCCAUUCCUAACAUGACUUCUGUAAUAACACUGUUUUUAUUAAUCAACUAUAAUCCAAGAUGAAAGGAAGCAAAAGCAUUUAAUAAGCAGAUUAAAGAACAUGCCAAGAUGCUCUGAAAUCAAUAUUUGUGUUGUAUGAUACCAAGAUUGUAAUUAAAUUAUAUU